AUGGCCCUAUAUCAUGAUGGGUUGCCGGAUAUGACGUUCUGCUGUCCUGUCCGUGCUCUAUCUCGCGAAGGCGUCCUGCUAAUUCUUGAAACAGUUCUUGGCCUAGACACUACCGAAUCUGCGCGCAGACUAGUGCGCUUGCUGCUUGCAGAUCCCUUGGGAGAUCGCGAAGAGUGGGAGGAGGUCCUCGAAGACUACAGGUCUGAUUCUACCGAAGGGCUUUUGAUUCGUUACGGUGAAGUUUCUGAGUUCGUGUCUAAUGAUCUCCUUCCUACGAUAACCGUGCGAUCUCCAAUCUUGAAAAACGCCAACCUGGAAAUCCUGGUCAGCUCGCUUGGGUCUAGCACAGAUUCUACGGGUGCUACAUUCUCUGCCGACACAUUCCUCGUUCCUACAGUCACAAUCCCAACAUCACAUACGGGCCAACAUAAUUUCGUCCGAUACCCGGUGCACCGCAGUAUCGUAUGUGGCAGUGGGGUCGAUGGGCUCUUGGCCUUUAGCACUCUACUGGCUCGAUCUGACCUAAAGAAUGAGAUCGAUUCAGUACGAGGCGCUAUUGAGCUUUCUGUCUCAGACAAGCGCAGUAGUGACCGACUCUCGUUUGUUGACGUCGAGCGUGCCAGCACAGCUUUAGACAAGAUUCGCCAAUCUGUCCAAAAUGCCACCGAAUAUGAACGCGGCUGGAGCGGCAGCGGAGUGCAACCUUUAAUUGAUUGGUUUGCCUCAAUGGCGUACACAGACUCCCAAGAGGGCCUUAACCCUGCCCUAGUUCCCCUGAUCGAGUCUUUGCUCGAUUCCGCCGACGAAGGUAUCGCCGCCCGGAACUCACAUGCUCUCCAAGCCCAAGAGGCCGGUCUCGUCCCGGCCCUCGUCCGCUCUAAACUCGAUGAAGGAGUUGCGACCUGGGCCGAAAGAGCACACUCGGAACUCCGCAGCGCCCUUGAGGAAGGGUUUGCGAGUCCCCGGUGGCGAGGGCUGGCUUGGUGGAAGCUCUUCUGGCGUGUCGACGAUGUGAGCAUGAUCACGUCCGAGAUCCUGGAGAAGCGCUUCCUCCAGCGCGCAGAGCGGGAAACCAUAUGGUCAUCAGGCCAAUACCAGCAGGCAGGCCUGCUGGAGGAGCCUAGUGGUUCCGCUGAAUCAACAUCAGACUCAAAGAAACAACCUACCCCACCACCCUGGCCUACCCAAAUCCCUGAUACGAGGACCAAACUACUCCGCACCACCAUCCCUUCUCUCCAAGCCCUCGCUCAGAGCCUGGUGCUCUUCAGCGUCUCCACUACUACCUUGACAUCUGCCCUGUCCGCUCUCACCUACUUCUCUGUCCCAUCCGCCUCUGUGUACGAGUCCGGCACCCUCGUUGCAGUCGGCUUGAUAUACUCGCUCCGCCGUCAGCAGAAGCGGUGGGAUGCAGCUCGCGGCUUCUGGGAAGAAGAGGUACUUGACGAAGGCCGGAAUGCCCUGCGCGAAACCGAGGAGCUAAUGCGGAAAAUCGUCCGCGAGGGUGGCAAGAUCGCCGAGGAUCUGACCGACUACCAAUCCCAGGAAGCGGUUGACCGUGCCCGGAAGGCGCUAGCACGGGUCAUGGCUUGA